AAGGCUCCCACAGGUCGCGUGCGAGCUUUCCGUCACAGUGAAGCGUGCGCGCGACUGGCAGCAUCUUCCGGUGGUGUGUUUGUUUAUUUCAGGAAAUACGAGAGGUGGCCAGGCGGACAGUAUUUUGUAGUGUAAUAUUAACACAUGGUGACUAGGGUCUGGGAGUGAAGACCGCAACAUGGUGUUCGAGUCCGUGGUGGUAGACGUGUUGAACAGGUUCCUAGGAGACUACGUGGUGAACCUGGACAGCUCCCAGCUCAAACUUGGGAUAUGGGGAGGUGACGCAGUACUUAGAAAUCUUGAUAUCAAAGAAAAUGCAUUGAGCCAACUGGAUAUUCCAUUUAAAGUAAGAUCAGGACACAUAGAAAAGCUUGAAUUGAAGAUCCCAUGGAAAAAUCUGUACAGUCAGUCUGUAGAAGCUACUUUAUCCGGAGUGUACCUUCUCAUUGUUCCCACUGCCAGUAUAAAGUAUGAUGCAGAAAAGGAAGAAAAGCAACUACAAGAAGCCAGGCAAAGCAAACUACAGAGGAUUGAAGAAACCAAGUUGAAAGCUGAAGAAAGAGAAAAACCUAAAGAAAAACAAGACACCUUUGUUGAAAAGUUAGUCACUCAGGUCAUUAAAAACCUGCAGGUUAAAAUUUCGAAUAUCCACAUUCGAUAUGAAGAUGAUAUCACUAAUCCUAAAAGCCCGUUGUCAUUUGGUGUGUCGCUUCAAAAUCUCAGUCUUCAGACUGCAGAUCAACAUUGGAAUCCAUGUCUUCCAGAUGAAACUAGCAAGUUGUUCUUUAAGCUUGUGCAGCUGGAUAAUCUAUUUGCUUAUUGGAAUGUAAACUCAAAACUCUAUUCGAAUGACAGCUCUAAGGAAGCCCUGGGCAAUCUGAAGAAUGGUGUUGCAAUGCACAACUUAAUUCCAGAGGGUUAUGAUUUCAUAUUUCGUCCAAUCUCUGCCAAAGCCAAACUUCGCAUGAACCCUCGUUCAGAUGUUGACUUCUCUUUCCCAAAAAUGGACUUGGACGUGAAACUGCAAGAGGUCGCCGUAGAGCUUAACAGACCACAAUACCUCAGCAUCUUGGAGCUGCUUGGAUCUGUAGAUAUGAUGUCUCGAAAUUUGCCAUACAGAAAGUUCAGACCAGAAGUUCCUGUUCACUCAAAUGCAAAGCUGUGGUGGAAGUAUGUCACAACAUGCAUUUUUGAUGUGAAUGUUAAACCUAGGCUUGAGAUGUGGUCAUGGAAGCACAUUAGAAGGCACAGACAAAAAGUAAGGACGUACAAAGAAUUAUAUAAAAUGAGGAUAACAACCAAGAAGCCUUCUGAGGAACUUCUUAAGCUUCUCCAGGAACCAGAAAAGACGUUGGAUAUAUUUAAUAUCACACUAGCACGACAGCAAGCAGAAAUGGAGGCUUCAAAGGCAGGUUUAAAAAUCUACAGACCAGGGGUGAAAGUUGAAGAGGAGGAAUCAGGAGGCUGGCUUGGAUGGAUGUGGAGCUGGUCAGGAGAGAAGCAGGAGGAUAAAGAAACCAAAUCUGGAGGAUUUGAUGAAUUGAUGACCCCUGCAGAGAAAGCUAAAUUGUGUAAAGCCAUUGGAUAUAGUGAAACUGCUGUUGAUCCCACCUUGCCAAAAGACUUUGAAGCCAUGAAGCUCUCCUUCCAGCUGUUGAGCAUGUCUUUUUCAAUUAAAGAAGAUUAUGGCAAGCCAGAAAUUAUAAAAGUUUCUAUUAUUGAUUUAAGUACAAUGCUGACUCAAAGACCAGGAGCACAAGCGAUAAAACUAUCUGCAAAAAUAAGCACAUUUGAAGUUACUGGACUGCUGCAGAAUCUGUCAACCCCAAUUCUACUGACCUCAAGAAGUGCUGAAGUUGAGAAUAAGAAUCCUCUCCUCAGCCUCCUGUUUGAAACAAAUCCUCUUGAUGGAUCUGCAGACCAGAGGUUAAGAGUUGAAGCACAGCCUUUGGAAAUUGUGUAUGACGCAGUAACUGUGAACAGUUUAUCAGAAUUUUUCAUGCCUCCCCAAGAUAUGCAGCUGGAAGAGUUGACUUCUGCCACCUUGAUGAAGCUUGAAGAAUUCCGAGAUAGGACAUCAACAGGAUUGAUGUAUGUUAUAGAGACCCAAAAAAUCCUGGAUCUGAAAAUUAACCUCAUGGCUUCCUACAUAAUUGUUCCUCAGACUGGCUUCUAUACUUCCUCUGAGAAUCUACUUGUCCUGGACCUUGGUCAUCUCAAAGUAACCAGUAAAAGUCGUAAAGGUCUGCCACAGUUAACAGUAGGACAGAGCUGCAUUGAGGAUAUAAUGUCCAGGGCGUAUGAGAGUUUUGAUGUGGAGUUGAGCAGUAUGCAAUUGCUCUAUAGCAAACCAGAGCAAGACUGGAAGAAUGCUCGAAAGUCUAAGCAGUCCUCCCUACACAUUUUGGAGCCUGUGGAUUUGAGAGUAGACUUCAGCAGAUCUAUGGUUGUAAGUGAUCCAAGAAUGCCAAAAUUCAAAAUUUUUGGCGAGUUGCCUUUGCUUUCUGUUCGCAUUUCGGAUGAAAAAGUCAAAGACAUUCUGGCAUUGAUUGAUAGCAUUCCAUUGCCAAAAGGCCCGCCUGCCCCGUCUGCCUCAAAUGCUCAGAGUACUCCACAGGCCCCGAAGUACCCUCUUACCAUGACACCACAGUUAACCCCAAGGAAUCAACCCCUGCCUAACCUUAGAUCAUCUGUUAUGUUUGAGUCAGAAUCGGAAGAAGAAUUUUAUGAUGCUCCAAGCUCUCCGGUGGACGAUUUACCAUUUUUUGAAGCACAAAGCAAUUCUUUAAAAAGAAAAAGAAAUCCUUUAAAAAAGCAAGAGUCUGUGAAAAACAUGACUAAUUUUCAACUGAGGUUUGAAAUAAAUGAGGUGUCAAUUCAGUUAUGUCGUCUUUCUGAAAAUGUUGAACUGACAGUGUUACAUCUGUACAUUGAGGGACUAGGCACAGAGCUGAACUUGCGAUCGUUUGAUAUGUCAUCCAGUACUUUCCUAAAAGAAAUCUGCUUGAAAUGUCCAGAAUACAUGGAUUCGAAAGACAAACCAGUUUAUAUCAUUACAACUCAGGACAAUUCAGAGACUGAUCUUCUUACCUUGGAUUACAUUAAGGCAGAGAAGAAUGGUCCAGAAUUCAAAAUGCUUUAUAACAAUACAGAACAGCUUAUAAAGGUGAACUUUAGCUCCCUGGAUGUCCACUUACAUAUAGAAGCACUAUUGAAUGCCAUGAACUUUUUAAAUAACCUCAUCCCACCGUCGGAAAAAGACACAUCUGAAGAAUCUGCCCCUGCAGUCGGAGAGGAGAAAAAAGAAGGGACAACUGUAGCCAAGAAAUCAACUCCCAAGAAGUCUAAGUUUGAAGAUGUGAUCAGUCUACAUGUCCUUGCAGACUUGUCAUGCUUGAAAAUUUACCUUCGAGGACAGAAGGGACACAUUUCAGAGAUAAGCAUUGAAGGUCUUGUCUCGCAGGUAAUCAUGAGAAAGAGGGCAACUGAAAUACUGGCAAAGUUGAAGAACAUUGUUAUUUUAGAUUGUGAUGAUGAAGCUCUUUAUAAAAAGGCUGUGUCCAUUGCUGGGAAAGAGGUCUUCAGUUUUAAAAUGAUCUCUCAUGUUGAUGCCACAGAAGGCAAUGCCUACACAGAUAUGAAUAUUGUUGACAGUUGUGUUACCCUUACUGUUGGUUGCAUUCAUGUCAUCUUUGUAAACAAGUUUGUCUCUUCGAUACUGGACUUUAUAAAUCAUUUCCAAACUGCUAAGGACGCUUUAACACAGGCCACUGUUCAAGCAGCAGGAAUGGCUGCCACAGGUGUCAUGGAACUUGCCGAACGGAGUACUCGAAUGGCACUGGACAUUGAUGUGAAGGCCCCAGUUGUUGUUGUACCACAGUCUGCAGUGUCAAAGACUGUGAUUGUGGCUGAUUUUGGUCUUAUCACUGUUAAGAAUCACUUCUCAGUUGUUCAAUCAAAAACUCACAUUAACAUUCCUCCAGUCAUUGAUGCUAUGAAAGUUGAACUCAGUGACCUUAAAUUAUACCGAACAACAUUUCAGAAUAAUAAGUUCCAAUCUGAAAUUCAGCUACUGCAGCCUGUAAACCUGGAUUUAGUAAUUGAACGCAAUUUAUCUGCAGCCUGGUUCAAUGAAAUCCCAGACAUCAAAAUAACUGGGCACCUCAAACCAAUGAAUCUUGUACUCGGCCAGGAAGACCUGACUGUUGUGUUAAGGACUUUAAAUGAAAAUAUAGGUGAUAGUUCAGGUGCACCUGCUGCUGCCACAGUGGAUAAAUCAGACAAUGUUUCUACAAAUGGUUCCCUGACAUCUCAACAGAAUGGAGGAACGACUGUGAUCACUGUGGCUGUUGUGGAAACACAAAAAAUUGCAAAACUGAAAACAACUCUAAAACUUGAUUUCCAGUUUGACUCAUUGACUUUGAAUUUAUAUAGCCCAAAUGGAACACAGGUUCAGGAGCUGGAAUCAAGAGAUGAGCGGUUAAAACUUGCAGAAUUCAAGUUGGGAUUGAUUUCAACUGCUGUCACAAUGUUAUCAGAUAGCUCCAUGAAAGCCUCAGUCAAACUAGCAAACUGUUUGCUGGAUGAUAAACGUCAAAUAGUACAGAAAGCUACUCCAAGAAUGGUGGAAAUGAAACCAGGCUUUGAAAAAAAUGAGAUGGUGGACAUCAGCUACAGACAAGGAAGGGACGGCACUGUCAUUGAUACAAUCGUCCGUGACAUACACCUUUGCGCUAGCAUGGAGUUCUUACUCACUGUUGCAGACAUCUUUGUCAAGGCCAGUCAACUUAGUUCUGUAGCAGCUCAGAAAAAGAAACCUGUGACAACAGCAACAAAAGUUCAAACUCCCUCACAACCAGUGUCCAAAAUGGAAAUGAAUAUGCUUGUGAAAAAUCCAGAGAUAGUUUUUGUAGCAGAUUUAACCAGAGCAGAUGCCCCGGCACUAGUGGUUACAACUCAGUGUGAAGUCUGCAUUAAAAAUGACCCAGAAACUCAACAGAUGACUGCUGCCAUUAAGGAUCUCAAGGUUGUUGCAUGCCCAUUCCUGAGAGAAAUGAGGAAAAAUAACAUCACUACGGUUCUCCAGCCUUGUGAUGUGUUUUUUCAAAGUUCACAGACCUCUUCAGCUCCACAAAAAAUAGAACUUGGCAUCAAAUGCCUUACACUAAAGGUUUCACCAGUUAUCAUCAACACAGUAAUAACAAUUACAUCAGCACUAUCUCCCGCUGCAGAGACUCCACAAGAGCUGGAAAGUCCAGUCCCACUUAACCUCUGGGAUAUAAAGCAAGUUAAGGAUUUAAAACUUUGGUUCCUGGAGGAGGACCAUGAAAAUAAAAACAGCACUGUGGCUCCACUGGUUCCACAAGGAGAAUCCCUGAAAAUGACAAUUGAAUCAAUAUUCCUUACACUGGAGGCUGGUGUUGGACACAGAACUGUUCCCAUGCUUCUUGCAAAGUCUGCUUUUUCGUGCAAUGUUACAAACUGGAGCACUCUCAUUAACCUCCAGAGUCUUCUUAAUUUAGAGGUGCACUAUUACAAUGAGGUUAUGGGUGUUUGGGAACCUCUUCUUGAACCUUUGGAUGAAGAAACCAGUGACAAUUUCAGGCCGUGGACCUUAGGAAUAAAGAUGAAAAAGAAGCCUGUAGGGUACACUGCAGAGUCGAAUGAGGUGGACUGCAAUGUCCCAGAUUAUAAGACCGUUAUCAACAUCUCUUCAAAAGAUCAGCUCAAUAUAACUCUGUCAAAGUGUGCAUUGGUAAUGCUUGGCAAUCUAGGCACGGCAUUUGCUGAAGCAGCUAGUCAAACCUCAGAAUGUUUCCAGAAAGACCAAGCACCUUUUGUGAUCAAGAAUUGCUUGGGGAUUCCAGUGAUGGUUUCUCACAGUGAUACAUUCAGUGUAAUUGGUUUGGAUUUAGGAAAGAAAGAUUAUGAGCUGCAGGAUGGAGAGAGUCUAAAUAUGGAUUAUCUGAGAACGAUGAGUGAGAAGGACCAGUUUGUGGCCAUGACCAGCAUGAGUGGCAAGAGAUAUUACAUACAGCCUACUCCACUUGACCAUACUUCUGCUAAUCGGAUUCCACUGACGAAAGUGGGCCGUGGUUUAUAUAGUGUCGUACACAAGGAUUCCGGAGUAACAAGGUUCAUUGUUUGUCAGAUUUACACAGUGGAAGGGAGCAAGGUGAUAAUAAUACGCUCUCCUUUUCAGAUUAAGAAUCAUUUCUCAAUACCAUUCAAGGUUUAUGAAGAGGAAAAGCUUAUUGGAAUAGCUUUGCCCCAGGAAGAAUUCUGCAUUCCUUUAACUUCCUAUAGAUCAGUUCUUCGCUUGCAGCCAGUAACUGAAGACAACAAAGUCUAUGAGAAAUCUGAAGGAUUUACCUAUGAACUAAUCGCAGAUCAAUCUGGAGAAUGUCUACAGCGGAAAUGUCAUAGAUCCAGUGACCAAUCCCUGAUUAUCAACGUAGUACCAGUUAAAGAUGAUUUAACGUGCAACAGGACAGAAGGAAAAAAGGAUCACCCUUAUAUUGCUCAUUUGUGGCCUACUGUUCUUCUACGAAACUUGUUGCCUUAUCCUAUCAGCUAUUCUCUAGAGGAGAAUACAAACCCCACUGCCAUUCUGACAGAAGGACAUUCUGCUCAGAUUCACACGGCUGUACUGGACCAGUCCAAACUGGAGUUAUGUGUACUGGACUACCUUAACCAGAAAUGGAAAGGACAGUACCACAUUAAAAGUGACCAACUAGAAAUUGACUUCAUUCAGUUUACGUCUCUCAGUGAGGAUGACAGGACAGAGCUAGAUAUUGCGAUCCAUGUGACAUACAACAUUGGCCAGACAGUUGUGGCAGUGCAUUCCCCAUACUGGAUGGUAAAUAAAACAGGACGGUUACUCCAGUACAAAGCUGAUGACGUUCAUCGUAAGCACCCUCAAGAUUACGAGAUGCCACUCCUUUUUUCUUUUAAACCAAAUAAAUUUUUUCAAAAGAACAAGGUGCAACUUAUGGUGUCAGAUAGUGAACUUUCAGAUAAAUUCUCCCUUGAUACUGUUGGCAGCUAUGGUGAUGUAAAAUGCAAAGCCCGGAAUAAAGAUUAUCUGGUUGGCGUGAAAAUAGACGCCAGCAGCUUUAGCCUGACGAGAAUUGUUACUUUCAUUCCAUUUUACAUGCUGGUCAACAGAACAAAUCAUCAGAUUGAAGUGUCAGAGGAAGGCAAAGACAAAUGGACAGUUACUGAUUCAAAUCAAUCUGUUCCUUUUUGGCCUGAGAAAGAUUCUGCAAAACUCUUAAUCAAAGUUCAAGGUUGUCAGACCCCACCACAAGCAAUAAACUUCAAUAGGCAAGAAAAUUGUAAUUUGCUGCAUUUGGACUACAAGUUUGGAGGUAUUGUUGUGGAUGUCAACCUGACUGAACAUUCAACAAUAAUCAGAUUCUCUGAUUACCAUGAAGGCUCAGCUCCAUUCUUAAUUAUUAAUCACACCAAAGAAAAAACCUUGGAGUAUCAUCAGAGCUAUGCAAAGGAAAAAGAUGAGCUACAGCCAAGUAAAGCAAUGUACUACACAUGGGUAGACCCAACUGGUUCAAGACUGUUAAGCUGGACAUGUGGAAAACACACAGGGGAACUGAGCCCUGUACAGGAUAAAUUCCUGGAGAUCAAUAGUGAUGAUCCAAAGUUAUACUUGGCAUCAUUUUACGAAGGCCUUCAGAGGGUUGCAUUGUUUACUGAAGAUGAGAGCGUGUACAAACUUUUGCGUGACAGUGAAAAGGCAGAGCUUGCAGAACAAGAAAUUACACUGUCUUUGCAGAAUAUGGGAAUCUCACUGGUUAAUAAUUGUUCCAAUCAAGAAGUGUCCUUCAUUGGAAUAACAAGUUCUGACAUUAUAUGGGAAGCCAAACCAAAGCGCAAGUCUCGAUGGAAACCAAUGCAUGUCAAUCAGACAGAUUUGUUGGAGUCAGCCUUUCAAGAAUAUAUUGAUUCUGGUCCUGUGGAUAACCUAAUUGUGAAUCUUGACUCAAACUUUCAGGUGUGUCUGACACCUACUGGCACUUAUAUGAAAAUGUUGCUCCCCCAUGAAACUGCAAUCAGGAGAAAUUUCUUACCAGCUGUAAAAGUGGAAUACAGCAUCUCGGCACGUCAGAAAUCAUAUAGGGUACAGAUCUACAGGAUACAGAUACAAAACCAGCUUCCUGGAGCCAUCUUUCCCUUUGUGUUUUAUCCUAUAAAACCUCCAAAGUCUGUCACAAUGGAUUCAGAACCUAAACCGCUGGCUGAUGUUAGCAUUGUGACCAGGUCUGCAGGACAUUCAGACAUAUCCCGUAUCAAGUACUUUAUGGUUCUAAUUCAAGAGAUGGGCUUAAAGUUGGACCUGGGAUUCUUGUAUGCCUUGUCUGAGCUCUUUACACAAGACAAUGCUGAUGAAGCUUCAACUGAACAAAUGAUUGAACUUUUUAAAAAGGAUAUUGAAUGCCUUAAGAUGGAGCUGAACACUGUAUCUGCCACCGAUACCUCAGCAAUUAGUCUUUAUGAAUAUUUCCACAUCUCUCCCAUCAAGCUGCAUUUAAGUUUAUCACUAAGUACUGGAGGGGAAGAUGGAAAUAAGGAAAAAAGACAGACAGAAGUCAUUCCUGUUCAGUCCCUGAACCUACUGCUCAUGAGUAUCGGUGCCACUCUAACAGAUGCACAAGAUGUAGUGUUUAAACUUGCUUUCUUCGAGUUGACCUACCAGUUCUGUACAACUCAGCAACUUCAGUGGGAGGUCAUCAGACAUUACUCAAAACAGGCCAUCAAACAAAUGUAUGUCCUUGUUCUUGGACUGGAUGUCUUGGGCAACCCAUUUGGAUUAAUCAGAGGCUUGUCUGAAGGAUUUGAAGCUUUCUUCUAUGAACCCUAUAAGGGAGCCAUUCAGGGACCAGAGGAGUUUGCAGAAGGAAUGGCACUUGGUGUUAAAGCUCUGGUUGGAGGUGCUGUUGGUGGCUUAGCUGGUGCUGCUUCCAGAAUCACUGGUGCCAUGGCAAAAGGGGUUGCAGCCAUGACCUUGGAUGAAGAGUACCAACAGAAACGUAGAGAAGAGAUGAAUACACAGCCAAGUGGUCUUAGAGAAGGCCUUACUCGGGGAGGCAAAGGUUUAGUGUCGGGAUUUGUCAGUGGUAUUACAGGAAUUGUAACAAAACCUAUAAAAGGUGCCCAAAAGGAAGGAGCAGCUGGAUUCUUUAAAGGAGUUGGUAAAGGAUUAGUGGGAGCAGUGACACGGCCUACUGGAGGUAUCAUCGAUAUGGCCAGCAGCACUUUCCAGGGUAUUAAAAGGGCAACAGAAUCCUCAGAGGGUGUGGAGAGCCUACGACCUCCUCGCUUUAUUCAUGAAGACGGAGUCAUUAGACCAUACAGGGAAAGAGAAGGUGUUGGCAGCCAAAUACUACAGAAAAUUGAAAAUGGAAGGUUUGCCAAAUACAGAUACUUUGCUCAUGCCAAUGUGAAUGAAACAGACUUUUUCAUGAUCACAAAAAGUGGCAUAUUCUUUGUUACAAAAGGAACAUUUGGACAACUUACUUGUGAAUGGCAAUACUGUUAUGAUGAGUUCACCAAAGAGCCACUUGUAGUUGACGGCAGACGCUUACGUAUUGAAGCAAAGGAGAGAGUAAAGUCUGUGUUUCACUCCAAAGAGUAUGGAAAGAUAAUAAACUUCAAAAGUCCUGACAUUGCCAAGUGGGUUCUAGCCAAAUUAGAAGAUGCAAGAGAUAGCCUGCCAAAAUACUGAAAACCCAUAAUCAAGGCUUCUCUGAUGAAAAAGAACAUCAAAUACACAACUCCCAUUCAGUGCCUUUGAUGUUUCUGAAAUGCAAGCGAGUACCAUACGAUGAUAAAAAAAUAUGCAUACAUGUUUAAUGUUAGUUUAUUUAAUUAUUGAGUUUAUAAGCACAGUUGAUAUAUUUAUUUUUAAUCUAUAUUGUUAAUGCAAAUUUUAGCAGGUCAUGCCUAAGUUUUAAAAAUACAUAUAUUUGUUUGAAAAAUAAGCAGUUGAUUUGCUAUUCAGGUAACUGGCAGUGAUGCUUAUAGUUUCUAAAGCUCAACAUUUGUUUUUAGAUCAGAAAAGUUAUUACUGUACCAGACACUUCCACUAAAUAAAGUGUCACAAUAAUACUUGUAAUAACAGUUUCACUCAUACCUAUUGUUUUUAUUUAAAUGUGUUAGCACAGUCUUGGCUAUAACAAAAUAUUUUAUAAAAAACUUGACCUCAAGUUUACAGUCAAGGUGAUUGCUGGUGAAUGUGACUCACUUUUCAUGCAAUUACAGAAAGCUGCUGACCACAAAAGUCAUAUCAAUCCAAUAAACCUUAAUGAAGUUGAAAAUGGUCAUCUUUGCAUGGUAAUACUAUUUGGGGAACUUAAGUAUUUAUUCCCUUAAUAAUAAAAUAAUUAAAUUGCUAUUAUAUGUCAAUUUGUUGAAAUUGUAACUUUGACGUGUAAAUCACUGGUGAUGGUUAAAGUUUUAUAUAACAUUUCAUUUCUUUUAUAAUAAACUCAUUAGUUUAUAUUAA